GAAGGCGCGCGCCCGUCUCAGCGGCUGACGUAGAUGCCGGGCCCUGGCGUGGCCAUGGCGAGCGAUUUCUACCUGCGCUACUACGUGGGGCACAAGGGGAAGUUCGGACACGAGUUCCUCGAGUUCGAAUUCCGGCCCGACGGUAAGCUGCGCUACGCCAACAACAGCAACUACAAGAACGACGUGAUGAUCCGAAAGGAGGCUUAUGUGCACAAGAGUGUGAUGGAGGAGCUGAAGAGAAUAAUCGACGACAGUGAAAUCACAAAAGAAGAUGAUGCUCUGUGGCCUCCUCCUGACAGAGUGGGCCGACAGGAGCUCGAGAUAGUAAUUGGUGACGAGCACAUCUCCUUUACAACGUCAAAAAUCGGUUCCCUCAUUGAUGUAAAUCAGUCCAAAGAUCCAGAAGGCUUGAGAGUGUUCUACUACCUGGUCCAGGACCUUAAAUGUCUCGUCUUCAGUCUUAUUGGCCUCCAUUUCAAGAUUAAGCCAAUUUAAAUCAGACAAACUGAAGUUUGUAUUGCAAUGUUAGCAGUAGGGGUGGGAAGGGAGGAUCCUGUUCCAGUUCUUCAUUGUUUCUGAAAUUUUUUUGUACUUUACAUUAUUUUUUGAUUGUUAUUUUGUUGUUGUUACAAACUGUCAGUGACUCAAUAAAAGGGUGAGAUUUGCGUUUUUAAUUUUUAAA